AUGGAAAUAGCAAUGACCAACAAGUCAGGAGGACAUCCUGAUGGCACAAACCAUGCUGGUAUUCCAGCAAACAUGGUCUCAUCGUUUGAUCUCGAGCCAAAUCCGUUUGAGCAAAGUUUUGCGACCACCAAGAAAGCUCAUUCGUCGAAAAAUCACAACCCGGAGCAAACAGGCGCUCGCCCCGCUGACGAGCAAAAUAUGACUGGAUCGAUGAAUACAGGCGUGCUUCACGCUUUCCCUCCUUCCAAGUCCACGCUGGAGUAUCCUCAGUCUGCUCAAACGUCGAGCACGUCGGCACAUCCAAAUGUUGCUUCUCACGGACACAAUUUUGACCACACAACUACAACUGCUGUCAACCCCGCAUCGUCCAAACCAGAGCUUCAUAUGGAUCAUGGCAAGCCAGCCGAGCUCUCAACAAGGCUUCCGCCACUGUUGCUAAGCGACCCUGCGCGAUCGUCGUCGUCGAUGAUUGGUCAGCAACAUACUAGGUCGCCAGGCUCUUCUCAUAUGCUUUCGAACCAGACCCAUCAGCAUUACCAGCUGCCCCCAGCUCAAAACUCACAUUUCUCCCCUCUUCCACAGAACCUCAUGCCUCCAGGCACAACAACGCCUGGUUUUUUCCUCAAUCUUUCGAAAACGGGACUCACGCCCAACUCCUCAGGCAUGCGUCCGGGUUUGACUCCUGGAAAUAUCUCGGCGACAGAUCCAAUACACUCACAGCUUCAAGCUCAAGCUAAUAUUCAUGCACAGAAUCAAGGGAAAUUACCGCCACACCCGUCACCGUCCCUUCAAUCCCCGGCCAAUAUCGUACCACCUUUAUCUCUGCCAGCCGAACAGUUUACUCCCGGUCUUUCCUCGCUUUUGGGUAUAAGCUUGCAACAGCAGCCACAACAGCAACCGCCGCCCCAGCCGCAACAGCCGCAACAGCAGAGAUUUUCACCACAAAUAGCCAUGCAGCCGUCUCAUUGGGGGCCACUUUCAAGUCAUUUGUCUGGCAACUCGACCGCUGUAAACUCGAAUUCAUCGACAUCUUCCAAUUCCCUUUGCGUUAUACCCUCAGGCAGCAACAAAAAGACCUCUUCAUCGGUUCCGUCUGGUCGUGCAAGUUCUGAUUCUCAAUCAAGCACAAAUAUGACCAGAAUCUCUUCAACUGGUAAUACGGCUGUUCCCACUGAGUCCAUAGGUGCAACUUCAGUGAGUCCACCCCUCAGCAAAGAACCUCCCACCAAAAGGCAAAAGAAUAGAAGCAACUCUAAACUGCCUAAAACCAGCAUUGACACAUCUUUUUCUAGAGCCAAGGAUGAGCAAGAUCGUAAACGCAAAGAGUUUCUGGAGAGAAACAGAGUGGCCGCUUCCAAGUUCCGCAAGCGCAAGAAGCAGUACAUCAAGAAGGUCGAGGGCGACCUAAAGUUCUACGAAACGGAGUACGACGACUUGGGGCAGUGCAUGGACAAAUUAUGCGGUAUUUCGAAGAAUACUAUAAACUCAUCUCUGGUAGGCAUGCUCAAACAAGCUUUGUUGCAAGAUGACAUGAAAUCAUCACUAACGCUCUGCAGUCAUAUAGAGCAGGUUUUAUUACAGACUCAAUACGUGCAACGUGGAGGCGGCAAUCCGAUCCGUGAGGAAGAGGAAAGAAGGAGACUCGAAAACCCAGAUGGGGACAACUCCGAUUACGAAUUUACCAGACGCCCCUCAAUGGCCGCGGGCUCUUCAGAUGGGUAUCAUCAUGCUCAAGGACAAGACCAGCAAGAUCCUGAAAUUACCAACAGACAGGGUCUCGUACCAGAUCAAGCUACUGGUACCAUCAAUAACUUGCCUCUUAUAAUCAACGGCAACACGUUACUGAGCCUGGAAGAUGUUCAGAAAUCGUCUGAGAAACAAAACGGCGUGGACAAUGUGGACCCGCGCGUCAAGGUCGAAGCCGGUCUGCCGAGUAACAUAAUUGGUUGA